UCGCAGAGUUAACAACGCAGUGUCGGCGGUUUUUAAUUCACUUCUUGUCUAUCGUAUAAACACAGCAGAAAAAGGGGUUUCCCUCGUGUGAACAGCUUGCAGUGGUUUGUGUCGCCUAGUGUGAACAUCAAAAGUGCAUUGUUAAAGCUCUUUCUUAGGGGAAGAUACUGUGAUCUAGUGACCAACUAAAGGCCUUUGCGUUUUGAAUAUUAAAACAACCGGAACAGCAGAUCGAAACAGAUCCAUUCAACGCAAAGAUGGGUAUUGAAAAAGGAAUCAACUGGGAAGAAGGUGCAGCGGCAUUGAAGGAAUGGCUCACAACCCAGCCUCAUUUACCUCAAAAUAUUCAUCCACUACUUCUGCAACGUUACGUUCAUUCAACUAAAGGUGAUCUGGAGUAUGCAAAGAAGAUAUUCGUUCAUGGAUUCACCAUCCGGCAGAACAACCCGCACAUUUUUGCCAAUCGCGAUCCAAUGGAACCAAAAAUACAACAAGUUCUACAUGCGAUAGACAUGGUGCCUUUACCGUCUAUUGAAGGAUGUGAAGAUAAAUUCGUAUUCUAUCGCUUGGUAGAUUGUGAUCCAGAUAAGUUCCAUUUCAACGACGUCAUCAGAACUUUUUUCUUGAUUGCCGACAGCCGUUUAAUUCAGUCUGACAUUCCGAUGAACAAUGGAGGUGAUAUCCCAAUUUUCGACAUGACUGGAUUUACGCUCAGGCAUCUAACUAAAGUGAUACUCUCCACACUUAGAGUGUACAUGAAAUUCACGCAGGAAGCGCAUCCAGUGAGACUAAAGGCGAUACAUGUGAUCAAUUGCACUACCUUCUUGGACCGAGUAAUGUAUCUGGUGAAGCCGUUCAUGAAGAAACAAGUGGCUAACAUGCUACACUUCCACCUGCCUAACUCGGAAACGCUUUACGAGCAUGUUCCAAAGGACGCGCUGCCUGAUGAGUACGGUGGAAAGCAAGUAAUCGCUAAACAUAAAGCGGAAUGGUUCAAGCGUAUUGCCUUAUUGAGAGAUUAUUUCACCGAUGAUACACGAUGGAAAGUCGACGAAUCGAGAAAAACUAAUAACAACAACAAUAACAACAAUGAGCUUUGCGGGUCACUGCGAAAACUGGAAAUUGAUUAAGCACAUGAUUUUACAUUGAUUCAGAUAGAAGCAUUUUUUGCUUUACUUUGUUAAUUGUGUACCUAUAUAAUAUUACGUACAUAUUCAUU